CCCCAACCCCCUGUGAUGCCAACCGUUCUGUGGCUGAACCGGACGGCGUGUCUGUCGAGGCGGUAUAAUCUCAAACCAAACCGGGACCUGAUGGAGCCGUCGAUGUGUUGACGGAGAUGCGACGGCGCGUGAAAGAGAAAUAAUCCGGUCGUGUGUGCGGUGUCGUCCGCGGAACAGUCCGUCUCCACGGCGGGAUGAACUAUGAUCGGCGAUAAACGAGCAGAGGAGCGCGGAGACAGAAACCUGACUCACUGUAAUCCAUCAGGGCACUGGGGGGGAAGAUGAGGACCAUGAUGGCUUCGAUGAAAACGGCAUUAUUCGUGCUUCUACACUGGGUGCUCCAGUGCGCUGUGUGUCGCGACGUGUUACUUCCCCCUGGACCCCUCUACCGUGUUGCAGGGUUCCCCCUCUCCCUGCCCUGUGCCGUGUCAGGCUACGAAGGCCCACGUACGCAGGACUUUGAGUGGUUCCUGUACAGGGAUGAUGCUGGUGGUAAGCAUAUGGCAGUGGUGUCCACCAGAGACAAGGGCUUCCCCUACGCCCCGUUCCAGGCCCGGGUGAGGAACGGGGAGGUGAGGGUGGAGAGGGACUCGGGGGACAAAGUCAGGCUGGUGAUCCAGAGGCUCCGGGCCGAAGACCAGGGGAAGUACGAGUGCUACACACCCAGCACGGACAGCACCUACCAGGGGAACUACAGCGCCACAGUAACUGUGAAAGUGAUCCCUGACACACUCCAGAUCAGCUACUCCCGCUCACUCACCAGCCAGCCCGUGCCAGAGGGGGCCGAAUUAACGCUGACGUGCUCAGCCGGCAUCCAAUCGGAGCAGCUCACCCAUCUGUCCAUCAUGUUUGGGAAGCGCAGCGGCGGAGAGGGUUUGGGGAGCGGAGCCGGAGGGGAGGUCAACACCGUCAGAGAGAUUAUCUCCAUCGACAAGCUGCUGGGGGUCGUCCCCGGACGCUCGUACAAGAAGCGGUACGACGACGGCGAGAUCACGCUGGAGAAGAGGAACGGGGAGGGCGGGCUCGGUGUGUACGUGAUGAGGAUGAGAGCGGUGCAGCCAGACGACACCGGCUCGUAUUUCUGCGAGGCCUCGCAGUGGAUUCUGGACCGGGAUCGAUCCUGGCAGAAGAUCGCACAAAGGACGAUGGACGUUGGCAACUUGACCGUUCAGCAACUAGCGGCGUCUCUGAGUGUAACAUCCUCGCCCAGAGGGGAGGUGACCCUGCAGGUCGGUUCACCUCUCAUCCUCACGUGUGAGGUGUUGGGGCUGCCGUCUGAAGUGAGCUCGGGUCUGCUGGUCCAGUGGAUGAGGAGGGGAUCUGUGAGCAGCGAUGUAGCUGGGACCGGCGGAGUCGAGGUGGAGGUGGCCCGGAUGAGCCCAGACGGUAUUGUGAGCUGGGAGGACGACCUCAGCCGAGCUAGCGGGGGCUCUAUGGAGAAAGUGGCAGAAGGGAGGUACUCUCUGAAGCUGUUCUCAGCCCGCCCCUUAGACUCGGGGGUGUAUCGAUGUGUGGUGAGUGUGUACGCUGGAAGAAGAAACCCUGGCCCCUCUACUCCUGCAACGCUCACCCAGAGGUCUGAGGGGGUCACCAUCAACCUGAAGACCAAAGACGUGCUGGUUUCAGCUGUGGCUCAGAUCCCUCGAGGCCCCCUGUUGAAAAGAGGCAGCACCGUCACCGUGAUCUGCAAUGCCGCCGUGACAACCACAGGUCCCGCCCAGGCACAGGUGCAGUGGCUGCGGUGGCCACUCCCAGUCGUCAAAGAGGGGCAGAGCCCAGCAUCUGAUGUGACUCUGCCGGACCCCGCCGUUGAGGAAAAGCCCAGAGUGGUAGCUGCCCUCAUGUACGACGGUGUUGCAAAGAUCUACACCAACAGUAGUGAGGUUAGCGUCGACCGCCUGUCCGCUGUCAGCUACAGACUGAGGGUCCACGCAGCAACGAUGGACGAUCAGGGCAUGUAUGCGUGUCAUGCCGAGGCAUGGGGGCAGGACCCGCAUGGAGGCUGGUACAACACGGGGGCCAAAGCGGAGUCAAAUGCAGUGACUGUUUACCUGUAUGCCAGAGCUGCUGACCUCCUCCUCAUCCCCUUGGUAAUCGGAGUCUCCUCCGCCUUGUUUGUGGGCAUCAUCAUCAUCGCGACAGUAACUUGUUGCUUCAUGAAGCGACUGGCAAGACAGCGUGCUCAAAAGUAGACGUCUGCUGUCGCCGCCUGUCUGAAAUCUGAGUGUUCGUGAAGAGGCGCGAAGAGGUCAACGCGUAGAACAUAAUUAAUAAAAUGGCCAAGAAAAAAACUUCAGGACAACAUGACUGUCACCCCCGUUAGAUGAUUUUCUGUGUUUUGACCUACCUGUUGAACAGUCAAUGCCAAAAGAUUCUGUUUUAUAUUCUCUUGUAUUUUUAUAUCCAAAACUUCUCAACAUAUUUUAGUGAGUCACACACCAGUAGGCGUAAUAUCCUAGAUUUUUGAAGCCAACACCCAAUAGCUUCUCUCCACCCCUCAUGACGGGAAACACUCGAAAUUGUAUUAGCAGUAAUGAUCCCUUUGUCCCAGAUUAUCGCUCGGUCUUGACUGCAAAGGGCUCAAAAUACACAGGCAAGGUCAAAAGUGAGGAAGGUGCUGCAGGUUUAAUUUGAGCCUCUCAGAUGUCAGGAAUCUCAGAUACUGUAAAAGUCUUGUUUCUAUAGAAAGGCCAAACAAACUACCCGCACAGAUGUCAUGGUUUGAUUUUUAGAGCACGAAGGAAGCCAGUGGUUCUCGGUCUGUCAAAUGUUUUGAAUGAUGCAGGGGAGAGAGAGACGGGAUGAUAUGCAGCAAAGGACCCGGGCUGGAAUCGAACCCAGGCAGCUGCGGUAAGGACUCAGCCUUGAUGCGUUGUACGCACUCCACCGAGUGAGCUACCAGGGCGCCAGAACAAAGAAUAUUCUGUGUUUUCAUAAAUUGUUGAUGGUGUUCCAGUUGUUCUUUCCUCAAACUGCAUGUUUUUCAUUUAUUACAAACAUCAACAAGGUCCAAAUGUGUUUGCAUGGUUAAGCCUCUACCACUGCCACUGAGGGUCACAUGAAUGCUGAUUGGAGCAGCUCAGCCUCCAGAAACUUUAUGUGAGCCGGGCCCUUCCGCCGCCUGCAGCCCGGCACCACUCUGCAUGUAAACAAAGUCUGUCUGUUACUUAAUAAGGAAGGCGCUGGCUGGGGACUUUCUCAUGCCAAGACCAAUUGAGCACCAGUUCCAAACACAAGCAUUCCUCGCCUGCGAUGCUUCACGCUGUUUCUAUACAGACUUGUAUAGAUUUGACAAACAGAAAUGGAAGAGAUAUCCGUAAUGCACUGAGCUAAAAUAUGUAAAUACUGUACGGAGUUUAGCUGUUUUAUUUUUCUUAAUGUAAGUAAGAAUAUGCUGUAGUGCCACGUUUUUGGCAAAGCACCUGUGUUUAACAUUCUGCAGCAGUCUGUUCUGCUCUUUUGAAGCACUUGGACAAAAACGGGACUGGGACCAAAGCCCCUUGGUAUCAUUCUUUUACUUGAUUUUCUUCCAGCCGAACAGUCUCGUCUUUGCCGUACUUGAGCGAGUACUGUGGGUUUUUUUUUUUUCUUUUUUUGUGUGUGCGAUUAAUGCUUCCUUUUACUGUGAAACAGAAUCCCCCGUUUGUUAGACUGAGUUAAAGAAAAGCCGUUGUUGUGUCACACUGUUUAGGAUUUUUGUCCCUAAGGUGAAAACUCCCCCGGCAGUCAUACGACCUGAGUUAAGUGAAGUCUCGCCAUCGUCAUAGUGAUCAUGUGGUUCAGGCCACACAUUUCUGCUGCCUGGACUUAUUAUGACUGUAGCCCCCGCUGCUAGCCCGCAGAAAUCUGUUGGGCAGAUUUACUGUGUCUGCGCACUUAUUAUGAGUGAAAUCCAUCCUCCUCUUCCUGUUGAAAAUAACACUUCACUUCACGCCAGUGUGAGCGUUCAAAGUUGGAUACUUGUUGAAAGGAGGAAGGUUGUUGUUAUCCGGCUUGUGGCUCUCUCGUGAGACUAUUUCAGGUCACUUUUCUGUUUUUCUACGUCCGUUUGCGCUGAGCUGUGCUUUGCUGUCUCAGUCUGUCUUCACUGCCUCUGCCUCCUGGUCGGUUUUCCAUGUGAGAGUCCCUCUAAAUCUGCCCGUCCUUCCUAACCUGCGCUCUAAACCCUGAUUAUAAAUGUUGUUCACGAACAUUAGGGAAUAAAAUCACAGCUCUGCUUGCUUCCUGAGCCACUUUGUUCCAGAUCAACUACCCAAAGCUGAUUUGUUCCCCCACAUACUCACCCCACCACAUGAUUACACACUUGGACACAUACGUGUACACAGCAGCAGCAGCAGCAGCAGCAGCAGCAUAGAGCUGGCUGGCAUUUUUGAUGGAAGCGAGUAUCUGCGUGUUCAUCUCUAAUCCCUGUUUAUAACUGCAGUGUGUCCCGCUGCCUUCCCCCCUUCUCUCAGUGUGGCUCCCAUUCGAUUCAUGUCAGUCCCUCUUCCAUGAGAAUUGCAGCCAGCUGUAAAAAAAAGAAAAGUGUAGCGUGCAAAGUAUGAAAGCUGCUGUCUAAGCUGUGCUUUUGUUUGAAGAUGUAUUAAACCCUCUCAUGAAGGUGUUAUGUUUUCUUUGGAUUGUUUACUCAUGCUUUAAUACCACUGUUCCUGAAAGCAUCUUGCUGCCAUUGAAAUAUAUAAAGGAGGGUUAUUACUCAGUUUGUUUCUUAUGGUGCUUUGGCAAACCUGCCAGCUGAUAAACCAAUAAACCACUCUGGAUUUAUAAUGUCA